UUAGCUCUCAUAUUAAAUGGCGUACUUCUUGUGAAGGUUUCCCCUCCCAGAUGGGCGGGUAAACUGCUGUGAAAUACGGCAUAAAUAGACAUUUGACAGACUUAAAAGAGUGGUGAACGACUGGUUCUGGUUGCUGUAUCGACGAAGUUGACUAUGGCCAAACUUUUCCUUGUACUAGUUGUAUCUGUUGUUCUGUGGAUGGAAAUGUCAGCCGAUGAAGUAGAAAAUAAAGCAGACAACAUGGCCAAAGCUAUUGAACAACAAAACAAGAAAGUUGAAGAGGAAAGUGAAGCUAUGGAGAAAGCGAUCGACAACAAAGGAAAACUUGUUGAUGCCAAGGACGAGGAAGAUAGAUUUGAAAAAGCUAGUGAAAAUAUGGCUGCUGUAGGAGAUGCCGCUGAGAAGAAACUAGAUCAGAAAGCCAAUUUAGUUGACAAAAUUGCCGAUGAUACUAAUACAGCCAUUGAAAACCAAGGGAAGAAGGUUGAAGCACUAGCUUCUGGGGCAGACCUGGCCGAAGAUCGUACAAGCAAACUAGUGGAGAAAAUUGGCAAUGACAUCGAAAAAAAGAUAAAGAGUACUGAGGAGUCGUCGAAACCUAAAUCCCGGAUGAGUAUUUCAUAUACCGUCCCACUGACUCGUGAGGCGUCCGCUGACCAGAUGUCAGAGAGAAACAAAUAUAACGAACAGAUUAGAUCCAAUAAAGACGCAGAAAGGACUUACCCGUGGCCCGCUCGUCAAGAAUUACAAGGAUACAUUCCAGACUUCCAUAGUGACGAGGAUCAGGAAACUACAAGUGACAUGAGUCUGAAGCCAUUUAAAGAAAGCAACGCAGAAGUCGACCAUGAUGCUUUGUCAGACGAGGGUUUCACGGAAACCCCCGGCUUACGUCGGCGCAUUUCCAAGAUGUCUUACGCUCCCCGAAGUCAGCAGCCUCCUGCAGAAAGCGUUCUCCUCUCAAAUCAUCUAGUCAGCUUUCCUCAUCACAAGCGACUUGGCAGGCAUCGCCAUCAUUUCAAGGGAUAUGGCCAGCAAAUAAGAAAGAUGGGAUUGGUUCAACCUACCUCUAAAAGUAGCGAGACAGGUUUGCUUGUGUUACCAAGCGGUGGGCCCAAUAAACUGUCUGAAGACAUUAGGAUACAAUUAGAGGACGACCAGUUAUUGAAGAAAGCGGCCAAACAGGCUUUUAACAAUGAUGAAGACUUGGAUGUAACGCAAGAACUUGGAAAAACCUCGGCUGAGAACAAUAUGGAGAGACAGUGGAUGAAAAUAAACUCUAUAGGUAGUCCUGAAAUGUUACUCAACUGGCCGCGCACAAGCAAGAAACUGGGCUCCAUCGGUCACCAGCAGGUCAGCGUUGUGAGUCCAGGUGAAGUUGAUCUACUUCAAACAGAAUACCCAGACUAUCCAAGGCCGAAAGCUAUGGGAUCUGAGCUUUCUGGAAUCGUAAGGAGUAGGAUAAGUGGAAAAACAAAACCGAAGAACGGCGUCAAGAGAAUUUAAGGUCUGAAAUUCUGUGGAAGAAGUCGACUAGGAGCUGAAGAUUGAAACCACAGAGGAGUAGAAUCAGUGUUGUACGGGGUCAGCAGAUUUUCACGGGAUAACUCAGUUAGAAUUUCUUUUGUGGUCACCUUGGAAGGCUAGUCAGAUUUUCCCUGACUAUACUUUAAAGUUAGAUUAUUCCAUAAGAGAAGUGAGCUAUACCUUCCAUUUAAGGAGCUCACACUAAGAUCUUUUCUAAAACUGGUGCCCGAGUAACGCUCGAAUUGAAAUGCUUUAUCAGUUGUUAAAAAUGCUUUUUUGACAAUCCUUUAAACUAUAAGUUAUCAAGCGACAAAGUGAAUUAAUAUAAUCGACACAGUGAAAUCUUCAAGUAACAGAAAUCAUUCUGUCAUUGUGGAAGUAAAAGCACGUUCACUAAUUUUACCCUUAAUUAUACAGCUUGAAGACUGUUCAAUUACUAUUCAACACUACAAAGAGCAUAAAACGCGGAACGUUAACCCUGAAUGUUACUACUUGAGCAAUAGAUAACGAAUUAAAAUGAAGCUUCCUCUAGUAA